UUCCUGGCCAGGACCUGCGGCGGCCGCGCGACCGGCAGGGCGAGCGGAGGAGGCGGCGGCGGCGCGCCCAGCAUGGCCCGAGCCGCUUCCUUAGCUUGGCCGCCGCUGCUGCUGCUGUCCCUGCUGUCGCUGUCCCGGGCGCCCUCGGGAGCCGGGACCGAGACAAUCGGAGUGCUGGCCCCAGCCCAGGUGCGCGGCUUCCUGGGCGACACCACAGAGCUGCCGUGCAAACUGCAGCCGCUGGGGCACAACGUGACGGUGACGCAGGUGACCUGGACUCGGCAGAAGCUGGCGGAGGCCUCCCGCAGCGUGGCGGUCUUCCACCCCACCCAGGGCCCCAGCUUCCCGGAGCCCGGCCGGUUGGAGUUCGUGGCCGCCAGGCCAGGCGAGGAGCUGCGAGACGCAUCGCUGGCCGUGGGGGGGUUGCGCGCCGAAGAUGAAGGCAAUUACACCUGCCAGUUCGCCACGUUCCCCAACGGCGACAGGAGCGCCCGAACCUGGCUCCGGGUGCUCGCCCAGCCCCAGAACAAGGCUGAGACCCGGGAGGUCCCGCGCAGCCAGCUCAGCCUGGAGCCUGUGCCCGUGGCCCACUGCAUCUCCACGGGGGGUCGCCCACCCGCCCGCAUCUCCUGGUCCCCGCCCCUCGACAAGAUGGCCAAUACAAGCCAGGUGCCAGGGCCCCUGCCCGGCACUGUCACCGUCAUCAGUCUCUUAACCUUAAUACCUUCCAGCCAUGUGGAUGGCAAGAAUGUCACUUGCAGAGUGGAGCACGAGAGCUUCGAGGAGCGGGUGGUACUGCCCAUGACCCUCAGCGUGCCCUACCCCCCCGAGGUCUCCAUAUCCGGCUAUGAUGGCAACUGGUACAUCGGCCGUAGUGAGGCCUCCCUGCACUGUGACGUCCGCAGCAAACCAGAGCCCACAGGCUACGACUGGAACACGAUCAUGGGACCCCUGCCACCCUCUGUUGUGGCCCAGGGCGCCCACCUCCUGAUCCAUACCGUGGACGAGUCCAUCAACACGACUUUCAUCUGCCUUGUCACCAACGCCCUAGGGACUGGCCAGGCAGAAGUGACCGUCCUGGUCACAGGACUUUCCAGGGAGCCAUCACAUUCAGGCUUGUCCUCUGAGAUCAUUAUCAUCCUGACUUUCACUAUCAUCCUGGUUGGUCUACUCCUGCUGGGGCUCCUGAUUUAUUUCCGGAAAUCCAGAAACUUCCGUGGGAACCUGCGCAGCUCAUCUGCUAAUGGGAAUGUCAUCUAUUCAGCUGUUGGCUGUAAUGCCAGCUCUCCCCAGGAUCCACCGACAGAGGGAGCUGGUGAGGAAGUGGGCCUCGCAGCUGGACACCCACCCCACCUCCAUGGAUGA